AGUUCCAGGAACCCCAGUGCGGUGCGUGUGGAUUGGCGUUUGCGUCAACUGAUCGAUGGUGGUGUGGGUGGAAGUUGGAAACGAUGAUUGAUCGGUGGUUUCACCUGUCGCGAUGUUGAAGGCCAGAAGAGAUGAUGAUGGUUUUUCACCCCUCUGCCUAACCUCAAAAGCUCUCUCCCCCCCGGAGCCAAGCAACAAUGGGUCCGAAAAAAAGCCCGCGAAAUGAUGAUUGUUAUUGCCCGCAAUCCGUCAGUGGUUUCGUCGUUCCUGCUAGAAGUGCAAUUCGAAAGUAAUUGCUAAAUUUAAUCCCGAAAAAAAAGACGAGAGGGGAGAAAAAAGCGGGAGAUAUAUUUGGCGCGAGACACCCGCGAAAGUUGCAAAAGUGCGAAGAAUUGACGGGGGUCAAAAAUCAAUUAAGUUUUAUUGCCCCCACAGCAACAACAACAACGGCAGCAAAAAGUGAGGAAGAAAAACGAAAAGUUAUGCCCUUUUCGUGAAGUCUGGUGAGCAUAAAUUGUGAAUUUUUUGAAAGUUUUUUUUUGUUGUUGCUGUUUUGUGUGGUGCAAGAUUUGUGGGAAGCCAAACUGCCAUCAGGGUAAAUUAAAUAAGUGAAGAAAGGAAGGAAGGGAAAAAAAUCGUGCCCGGAACGGAACGGUGCAAUGUUCCAGCAAAAAGGAGCCCGACUUCGUGGAGGUUCUGAGCUGGAGCAGUAUCGGAGCUGAAGUAAAGAAAAGGUGAAGCUGGAAGAAUCCAGGACGAAAAUGUCACAGCGAGAUUUUUCAGAGAACGAACCGGAAGGCACGCCGGAACUGCCGGCCGCCAACCGAGCGUUAUUCCUGGAGAAAGUGCGCCAAUCGAACACUGCCUGCCAAAAUGGGGACUUUACCACGGCAGUGCAGCUGUACACGGACGCGUUGGCGUUGGACCCGAGCAACCACAUCCUGUUCAGCAAUCGGUCGGCGGCCCGGCUCAAGCAGGGACAGUUUGCGUUGGCCCUGCAGGAUGCGACGCGGGCCCGCGAACUCUGCCCGCAGUGGCCCAAGGCGUACUUUCGCCAGGGGGUCGCCCUGCAGUGUCUGGGUCGGUACGGGGAAGCGUUGGCCUCGUUCAGCUCGGGGCUGGCCCAGGAUCCCAACUCGAAGCAGCUGCUGGCGGGACUGGUCGAAGCGUCGAUCAAGAGUCCGCUGCGGCAUGCCCUCGAGCCGACCUUCCAGCAGUUGAAGGCGAUGAAGCUGGACGCGUCCCCGUUCGUAGUGAUUUCCGUGGUGGGUCAAGAACUGCUCGGUGCAGGUCAGUACCACUCGGCAGUGACAGUGCUAGAAUCCGCGUUGCGGAUAGGGUCGUGUUCGCUCAAACUGCGCGGUUCAGUGUUCAGUGCUCUCAGUUCGGCCCAUUGGGCGCUUAAUCAGCUAGACAAAGCGAUCGCGUACAUGCAGCAGGACUUGGCCGUGGCCAAGAGUCUCGGUGAUACCGCGGGUGAAUGUCGUGCACAUGGGAAUCUCGGCUCGGCCUACUUCAGCCAGGGAUCGUACAAGGAAGCUCUCACGUCCCACCGAUAUCAACUUGUGCUAGCAAUGAAGUGUAAAGAUACGCAGGCGGCGGCCGCGGCCCUGACCUCCCUAGGCCACGUCUACACCGCGAUCGGGGACUACCCAAACGCGUUAGCGUCCCACAAACAGUGCGUCCAGUUGGUGAAGCAAAUGGGUGAUCGUCUGCAGGAAGCUCGCGAAAUUGGUAACGUCGGCGCAGUCUACCUUGCCAUGGGCGAGUUCGACUCGGCCGUCGACUGUCACACCCAACAUCUCCGCCUAGCCCGCAAGCUCGGCAACCAGGUCGAGGAAGCUCGUGCGUACAGCAACCUUGGCUCGAGCUACCACUACAAGCGCAACUUCACCCAAGCGAUCACCUACCACGAAAGUGUCCUACGAAUAGCGCAACAGCUGGGUGAUCGCGCGAUCGAGGCACGGGCCUACGCCGGUCUAGGUCACGCUGCCCGCUGCGGCCACGACUUCCACCAGGCCAAACGGUGGCACGAAAAGCAGCUCGAAAUGGCCCUCGCCGCCCGGGACAAGGUCGGUGAAGGUCGCGCCUGCUCCAACCUCGGCAUCGUGUACCAACUGCUCGGUGAACACGACGCCGCGCUCAAACUGCACCAGGCCCACCUCACGAUCGCUCGCCAACUCCAAGAUAAAGCCGGCAUGGGCCGUGCCUACGGCAACAUCGGCAACGCGUACUCCGCGGCCGGUUUCUACGAGCAAGCCAUCAAGUACCACAAGCAAGAACUGGUCAUCAGCAAAGAGGUACACGAUCGCAGCGCGGAAGCCUCAACCCACGGAAACUUAGCCGUUGCCUACCAAGCCCUAGGCGCCCACGACAUGGCCCUGAUGCACUACCGGGCCCACCUCAACAUCGCCCGUGAACUCAAAGACACCGCCGGCGAGGCCUGCGCCCUCCUCAACCUCGGCAACUGCCUCAGCUCGCGCCAGGAGUUCGCCCAAGCCGUCCCGUACUACGAGCAGUACCUCAUGCUCUCGCAAGAACUCGGUGACGUCGCCGCCGAAGGCAAGGCCUGUCACUUCCUUGGCUACGCCCACUACUGCAUCGGAAACUACCGCGAAGCGGUCCGCUACUACGACCAGGAUCUCGCCCUCGCGAAAGACCUCCAGAACAAGAUGAACAUGGGCCGGGCGUACUGCAACCUCGGGCUGGCCCAUCUCGCCCUCGGCAAUACCGCCGGCGCCCUCGAGUGUCAAAAGUACUUCCUGGCGAUCGCCCACAUGACGAACCACCUGCCCGGCAAGUUCCGCGCCCUCGGCAACAUCGGUGACGUCCUGAUCCGCAUGGGGGACGUCGACGAAGCGAUCAAGAUGUACCAGCGGCAACUCUCGCUCGCGAGGCAAGCCCGCGAACGCGGCAUGGAGGCCGCAGCCUGCGGGGCACUCGGCCUCGCCCACCGACUGCUCAAGAAGUUUGACAAAGCUCUCGGCUAUCACACGCAAGAGUUGACGCUCCGCCAAGAAAUGGGCGAUCUUCCGGGUGAGUGUCGCGCCCACGGGCACCUCGGAGCGGUGCACAUGGCCCUCACAAACUACACCCACGCCGUCAAGUGCUACCAGGAGCAGCUGGAGCGAGCGCAGGAACUGCAGGAUUCAGCCGUUGAAGCGCAAGCGUUUGGAAACCUCGGAAUCGCCCGCCUCAACAUGGGUCACUACGAGGACGCGAUCGGGUACCUCGAGCAGCAGCUCGGCACACUGGAACAGGUCAACACGCCGACCGCCCAGCACGAUCGGGCUCGUGCCUUGGGGCACCUCGGCGAUUGCUACGACGCACUCGGGGACUACCACGCCGAGGCGAUCAAGUGUCACGAGCGACACCUGGCGCUGGCGGUCGCGUUGCAGAGCCCGCGCGAUCAAGAGCGAGCGUAUCGAGGACUUGGAAAUUGCUACAAAUCUGUGGGUAACCUGCAGGAAGCGUUGGUGUGUUUGGAGAAACGGCUUGUGGUGUCGCACGAGCUCGGAAAUCCGGAAGCGAAGGCCGCCGCGUACGGUGAUCUUGGCAGUAUUCACAGUGCGCUUGGGAAUUACGAACAGGCGAUCAACUGCUUGGAGCAUCAACGGGAUAUCGCGAGGGAACUUGGUGAUCGUGCGUUGACAUCGGACGCGAUCAGCGGCUUGGGCGGAGUGUUCCAGCAGAUGGGUGACUUUGACGGAUCGUUGAGGUUGCACAAGCAGGACUUGGAACUGUGUGAAAGCAUCAACCAUGCCGCGUUGCAGGGAAGAGCUUGUGGGAAUUUGGGAUCGGUGUACGAAUCGCUGAAGAACUACACCGAGUCCGUGAGGUACUACGAGAAGCAGCUAUCGCUGACCACCGAUCGGUUGACGAAGGCUCACGCCUGUCUCGCCCUGGGACGAGUCUACCACACCAUGGAGCAGAUCCCGCAAGCGGUUAGCUUCCUACGCCAAGGGUUAUCGAUCGUACAAUCCCUAAACAAGCUAGAAGACGAGUCCAAGAUCCGCUACCGCCUCGGGCUCUCCCUACUCGCAUCCGGCGACGAAGACAACGCCCGCCAACAGAUGGAAAGCGCCGCCCAGAUCCUCGAAUCGAUCCGCUGCGAUCAAGUUACGCCCGAAGGUCGCACCAACCUGUACAACCUGCAAACCUCCUGCUACCAAACCCUGCAGCGAAUCCUCGUCAACCUCGGUCGCAACGAGGAAGCUCUCGUGGCCGCCGAACGCUGCCGAUCGCGGAUGGGCGCCGACUCCAACCAGAGCGCCGAAAACUCCCUCAACAACCGCAAAACCCUGCUCACCUGCAGCGAGUACAUCUUCGACACCGUCAACAAGAGCAAAACCAACAUCAUCUACUACAGUCUGGCCGGGGCCGAACUCUACGCGUGGUUCCUCUCCCCGCAAAAACGGAUCGUGCGCUUCCACGUGGCCAAAAUCGACGAGCAGACCCUCCAGAUGAAGAAGAAACCGGCGAUCGCAUCCGCAACAACCACCGCCGCAGGCGGUGACAAACCCGAACCAGAUCAACCCGACUCCGAGUCGCUCCUCGCCCAGUACAUAGACUUUGUGCGGGAUGCGUUGGGCGUCAACUCGGGGUCAGUUCUGCAGGAGGGCGACGGAAGUGGGUGGAAGUCGUCGAACGAGAACCUGAUUGAUGAUUUCGCUAAUGAGCGGGCCGGGUUCUUGCGCAUGGUCAACCGGAACCACCUGCUGAACUCGAGCAACUACUCGCUGAGCUCGCUGUUCAGUUUGGGCAGCGUUGGCGGGUCGGUGGCGAGCCUGCAGGGGUCGACGAGAUCCAUCGGCAGCCUGCAAGGCUCAACGCGAUCGCGCCGCUCAAAUAUGCUACCACCCUGGCAGGGCCCAUCCUGCCUGCACGUGCUGUACAACCUCCUUCUGGCACCGUUCGAAGAUCUGCUGCCCGAUAUCAGCACCACAUCCCGCCUAGGUCGCCGCGAGCUCAUCCUCGUCCUGGAAAAGGAACUCUACCUGGUGCCGUUCGCGAUCCUCCGCAGCGGCGACGAGUCCGGCGAGUAUCUUUCCGAACGCUGCUCGCUCCUAACCGUGCCCUCGCUGCACACUCUGCGCCAGAAGAGCCGCACCAAGGCGCGCGAACCCGCGGAAGGUCUGAACAGCGCGCUGGUCAUCGGCGGCCCGAAGAUCCCGGCGUCCCUGUCGGAGACGUGGGGCUGGUCGGAGUCGCCGGCGUCGCUGCAGGAAGCGGCCAUGGUGUCGGACAUGCUGAACACGAAGCCGCUGGUUUCGUGCAGUGCCACCAAGGAGGCGAUCGUGUCGGAGUUGGGGGCUGCGGAGUGCGUGCACUUUGCGGCGAAUGUUAGCUGGAAGAUGGGCGCGGUGAUUUUGAGCCCGGGGGAGGUGUUGGACUCGCAGUCGCAGAAGCGGUGGGACGGGGAUGAGGACGGGGUGGGAGAUUUGGGGGGCUCGGAGAUUCCGCCGUUGUCGGACUUUGUGCUGAGCGCGUCGGAUUUGCUGGCGAUGAAGUUGAGCGCGAAGUUGGUGGUGUUGAGUUCGUACCACUCGGUGGAGCCGAUUACGGGGUCGGGGGUGGCGAAUUUGGCCGGGAGUUGGCUGUUUGCGGGGACGGGGGCGAUUUUGGUAUCGCUGUGGCCGGUUCCGGAGACGGCGGCGAAGAUACUGCUGCGGGCGUUUUAUUCGGCGCUGCUGCAGGGAACGCGGGCCGCGAAGGCGUUGGCCGAGGCCAUGCAGACGGUGCAGCACACGAAGCACUUUGCCCAUCCGGCGAACUGGGCUGGGUUUAUUUUGAUUGGGGGGAAUGUGCGGCUUUCGAACAAGGUUGCUUUGAUUGGGCAGGCGUUGUGCGAGUUGAUGCGAACGCCGGACAAGUGCAGAGAUGCGCUGCGGGUUUGUCUGCACUUGGUGGAGAAAAGUCUGCAGCGGAUUCAUCGCGGGCAGAAGAACGCCAUGUACACUACGCAGAAGAGCAUUGAGAACAAGGCGGGGCCAGUUAUUGGGUGGAAGGAUUUGUUGAUGGCUGUUGGGUUCCGGUUUGAACCGGCGGCGAAUGGAAUUCCUUCGAGCGUGUUCUUCCCGCAAACCGAUCCGGAGGAUCGACUGUCGCAAUGCUCGGCGAGUUUGCAAGCUUUGCUUGGGUUAUCUCCAACGACCCUGCACGCCUUGUCCAAACUUGUGAACAACGCGGAGAUCGCCGAUGAGAUCAUCGGGGUGAUGCGGAACGUGGUUACGCAGUUUCCUCCGAAGGGCACCACCAGCAACGAGAGCGAGAGUAUUGACAUCAUAAUCGGUGUGAGGUUGUGGCGCGUUGCAGGUUGCCAUGAACUGCUUGCUUCCCUAGGCUUCGACCUCAUGGAGGUCGGUCAAGAUCAGGUAACCCUCCGCACCGGCAAGCAAGCCAACCGUCGCAACUGCCAGUUUGUCCUGCAGUCGCUGCUCGCCCUCUUCGACACCCAGGAAGCCCCCAAAAGCCUGGGCAUCGAGUCCAGCAGCAGUUCCGAAUCCCUGAACGAAGACACCUCGGACGAGGCGGCGCCAGCCGCGAAACCUCCAAGCCCAACCCCAACCGCCCCGGAAGCCCAACGCAGCGUCUCCCCGGCGGUGACCGUCAAGAGCCAAGCCAGCUACAACUUCCCCCGACCUCCGCUUCCCUUUCGCCGGGUGCCCUUCCUGAGCACGCGCAGCGCCUUCAUCUCGUACGUGCGACGCCGCGGCGAACCGGACGGCGGCCAAACGGAGGUCCCCAUGGGGACUCAGCAAGCGCAGGCCCAGCAGGACUCGAGCCUGGCGAACACCACCGACAGCGAGCUGUCGGACGGGUACACGACGCAGCAGAUCUUGAUGAAGAGUGAUCACCUGGCGAAGGGGCUGGGAUAUUCGAGUUUGCGCGGAACGAUCAAGGUUUCGCGACCGGGUGGGGGUGGGGAGAGUGAUGCGGCGUUCACGCCGAGUCCACCUGUGACGUUGCAGACUGUGGUUGACCCGAACGUUUCGCUGGCGCUGGCGCACCAGACGAGGAUCAGGAAUCUGUACACGAACAAUGGAGUGAGCAGUUACGGGCAUGAAACGGUGAGGGAGGGUGGCGUGAACAUGCGACGACCGGACAGUUCCAGCUCGGCUAGUUCGGCGACGGAUUGGGAGGGUUCCGGGCAUGCUACGGUGCUGAGGAGGGCGAAUCAAGGUCAUCCGAACUUGCCGCCGUUGCCGCCACCGCGGCAAACGCUGCCCAUGGUUGACAGUUUGAGACCGCUUGCUCCGUUGGCACCGGUCUACAAUAACAUAACCGGAGGAAGCGGAAGCACUGUUGGAAAGGUCCCUCAAACCAAGAGCGUGCUGGAAUCGACCAGCUCGGAUUCGGAGUUUGAGCGUAGCUUUGAUUUACCUUCAGGGUCGAACGCCGGCUCGAUCAGCAGCAAGUUGACCAGCCUUGCGCACAGCAUCCAGAGCAUGCGAAGCCGCAAGAUGAAGCUGCAACCCAUGCAGCAACAACAGCAGCAACAGCUCCAGCAAACCAAGAAGAUGGUCGAUCAGUUCUCCUUCAUGGACCGCCUCAGCUGUCGCACGGAGAUCAGCAGCUCGAGCAACCAUCACGUCGCACCACCCCGCAAACCCCUCUCAACCCUCCCGGAUGACGAGCGCACGCUCAACCUCAACGCCAGCAAGCUCUACUUCAACCCGGCGGACGCCGAAAUCAUCCCGCUCGCCGAGUCCGUCACCUCAGCGCCAACCAUCGGCGGCCCCUCAUCCUCCGCCACCUCCAGCAAAGACAGCAACAAACCCACCAACAAAACCAUCCAAGACUCGAUCAUGCGCCACAUGAGCCGCGAAAUGACCCCCACCAUCUCCGAGGUCUACCACGAGCGCAACAUCGGACUCGGCCUCGCCCCCUCCCUCUCCAAGCUUCUCCUCUCCAAAAACUACGACGACUCCCCAGACCUCAAACCCCAAUCCUCCUCCUCCACCUCCUCGGCCUCCGCCGCCGCCGCCGCCUCCCUCCUCAACAAACCGAGCGCCGCCCUCACCGUCGGCAACCUCGCCGAAGCCAUGAACGAAAUCGAAAUGAACGCCACCACCUCCUCCAAGCUGGACGUCGAAGGCCAGUGCAACAUCUGCAACAGCCCCUCGGACCUGCUGUGCGGCUGCAGCACCACCUCAACGGUCGCCGCAGUCGCCGCCAUGACCGCCGCCCUCGGCGCCACCACCAUCACCAAAAAGUCCAGCUCCAAACCCUGGCUCAGCAACGUGACCCCGAACCUCGUCAAACCCGGUGACCUCACCACCGCCGACAUCCUCGAGCAGCAGAAGCAGCUCAAGUCGACCGUGUCCGGCCUCACCAGCAACAUGUCCUCGUCCACGGAGAACUCGCUCUCGACGGUGGUCAAGCGUGGGGGUUCACCCUUCUCCGACUUGUCCAGGAGGGACGAAGGGGACGGGAGGAGUGUGGCGGACUCGCAGUGUUCCGGGAGCUUCCGAACCGAUAUAACAGGGUCGACGGUGACGGUGACGACAGCGGCGGCGUGUAAGGGAGGUCAGCAGACGACGGUUAGUUCCGGGCAAGCGGGGAGUGGAAUGCAGCAGCAGUCGGCGCAAGGUGGACCAGGGUCGUCGUCCGGUGGAAGUGCGUCGGGGCAGACGAGUUCGAAUCAGAGGAGUAAAUACAUUAUUGAUACGUGAGGACUAGGGAGAAUUAUUUGAAGAUUUGUAAAAUAGUUGCAAGAGAGUAUAAACGAGAUUUUAAGAAAUUGUUUUUAAAAUAAAGAUUUUAACCUGCAUUUUAAAUACAAUUUAAUUUAGAUUUUAAGUUUUAAAAAGAAAUAAUGAACUGAUUAGAUAGAGAUUUUAAAUAUUGUAGAACAAUCAAAACUAUAUUUUUAAACCUAUACACAGCCGAUUUGAGAUUAUAUAUAUUCAUUUAAUUAGUAAGGAAAUGGGCAGAAAUUAAACUGUAUAAAAAAGCCUACAAAGAAGCCUUGGUGAGAAUACUCGAUUUUACUAUAUUAGAAAAUAAUAACAAAGCGGAUUGAAUUGUAAUUCCCAGUGUAAAGCAUUUUGUGUAAAUAUCAUAUAUCGUCAAAUAUAUUUUUAAUUGAAUACAAGAAUGUAAA